UCAUCUCCAUUUGCCUUAUUUAAAACAUUUUUUUUUUAAGUAUAAGGAAUGAAUCCAUCUGCUGAUGUCUGACGUUGAGAUGUAUCGUUUCUUCUGGCAUAAUUACAGUUUAUUAUAAGUUACACAAGUCAUAUCAGAUUUGUUUGUGUUGACGUUUAGUUACAUUUACACUCAUAUUAAUCAUCAUCGGAAAUGAAUCAGCCAAACGCCAUAAUUCAUGUUUUUUCGAAAAGGCUACAAAAGGAAUUAUUAGCCAUGCAAAACGAUCCGCCCCCUGGAAUGACGCUCAACGAAAAAAGUGUACAGAACACGAUCACGCAGUGGAUUGUAGACAUGGAGGGAGCAUCUGGAACCCUCUAUGAAGGAGAGAAAUUUCAGCUGCUUUUCAAAUUCAGUAGUCGAUAUCCAUUUGAUUCCCCUCAGGUAAUGUUCACAGGAGAGAAUAUACCUGUCCACCCCCACGUGUAUAGUAACGGCCACAUCUGUCUAUCUAUACUAACCGAAGAUUGGUCGCCAGCCCUCUCCGUGCAAUCAGUUUGUCUUAGCAUUAUCAGCAUGUUGUCUAGCUGCAAAGAAAAGAGACGACCGCCCGAUAACUCCUUUUAUGUAAGAACGUGUAACAAAAACCCAAAGAAGACAAAAUGGUGGUAUCACGAUGAUACCUGCUAGUGUACAAACUUUGUAAGGAUCGUAGAAGAAAGAAGUCCUACUGACCUACAUAAAGCACUUUUUAAUCAUUCAGUCUUUGAACUCUGAACUUUGACUGGAACAAUGGACACCGUGCGCUGGAUGCUCUUAACUGCAUCCCCCCCCUCUCUCCCUCCGCCCCGCCCCAGACCCCACCCACCGUGGGCAAUUGGAUGCAUGUUUUAGUCAAAUGUAAUAUAGGAAAAAUAAUGGGAACGUUUUAGAUGCACCCAAAAGGUAUAGUUUUUGGCAAAAAGGUAGUAACGCAGCAAGAAAGGUGGAUUUGUAGUGACGUUAUUAUAAUUCCUGUUUUACGAUUUUUGUUGUUGUUUUUUGUGGGGGUGCAUUUUUAAAGUCCUUGUGUUGUGCAAUAAUAACUGAUGGAUGCAUGCUCGGGCCUACAAAGACAAAUCCAAAUCUGCUCGUUUUCUGGGAGGGAUCUGACCAUCGUAACCCCAAGGAAAUGCUUCAUCUGUUUGUUUCUUUUCUUUUAAAUUACAUGCACUGUGAAAGUAGCUCAUAAAGACACUAUUAGUACGUUAACCCCAACCUGCAGAUGUACUGCCGGAAGCAGUCCUCCACUUAUUUAUCAGGUGAAAGGGUUUUAGUUUGUAACCACUAUGUAUCAUGAGUACACCGUUCUCCCUCUUCAUCUUCCCACUUGAGAGCCGAUCGCCGUGGGACGUCGUGUCGGCACAGAGAGCAAUCAGACCUCCGGAAUUGGGCUGAACUCGUGUAGUGUUCGCUAGUCCGCGGGCCUCGAAGACGCGUGGCGGCCUAUCUUCCGUUUAAAGAAUGUCUGGAAGAGAACAUUGUUGCGUGAUCCAUUUUUAUUUGUGUGAUACAGAUUUCUAAUUUCAGGCGUUAAUCUUCUGAAAUCUUUUUAAACGUUGAGUUAUUUUUUUUUUCUUUUUCGCUCAACUAGCUGAUGCUUUGAAAAGGGGGUUUGUUUUGAUGGGCAAGUGUAUUUGGGAUUUUCUCUUAUGUUGCUUAAUAAUUUGUUCUCAAGAGUGCUAAUGAGUGAGGAAGCCUUGAAGAUGAGGCAUUUGUGAUUUUUUUUUUUUUUUUCUUUUUUUUUUUUUCCCCCUGGUCAGCGUUUUGGCUCAGGUACUUUUUUUAAUAGAGAGAUCGCCUCUAAAAAGAUACCCGACUAUAUUUUCACCAAAAGAGACUGUUGAUGUAAGCUAAUAACAUGUCUUAAACUGUUGUAUAUAAGCCAUUAGAUGGUUGGAUGAUCUGAGCAAAAAUUAGCAGAGGAUGCAUUUACUUAAUAGCAGAAUGGUGAUCGGACUGCAUUAUUUCAAUUUAGUCUGCAUCUUUUGCUAAUUAGGAUGUGUACAGUCGGCAACAAAAAAAAAAAAGGUUAGUAGUUUUACAGUGGGGGAUGCAUGCAUUUUUAAACCCUACAUUUUCUUAUUGGCGUCGGACAUUUUGACGAGUUUAAAAAGUCUUUCCACGACUUGGGUAAUGGUUUAUGUGAUGGAUAUCCAGAGGCUGUUGGGCCCUUUGUCAUUUCAGACUGUAAUCAAACCAUUCUUAAAGAAAUGUUUAUCCCCAUUCAGUCAGAGAUACUUGAAUUUUCCAUCUUGGGUUGUUUAUAUUGCAUUCGCUUCUUCUUUUUUUUCCCAGGGUCUAGCUGAGUUUCUUGAAUGGACUUGAGUGAAUGUUAUGAUACUCUAUACUGUAGAGGAGAUUACCGCGGCACACUGCUGUCUCAAACUAUAUUGAUAACUUAAAGACUUCUAUUUAACCAAUGCAUUAUUUCUUUUAUUUAAAUUUGUUCUUUUUUUUUAGCUUCAUUGUAGGGGUUUUAUCUUUUGUUACCGUGCUGUGAGGGAAAGCAGAUAGGCCUGCAAAUGAUUGUGUGAACGCAACAGCUCUUCACCCAGUUGGCAGUAGAUCAGAGAUUUGAACCUGCGAGUGAAAAUGUUCGACGGUUUUGAACGUGACAUGUUUUUCUUUCUUUUUUUCCCCUCCUUUUCUUAAUGUGGUUUGAACUCUUAGCUUGCAGGUUGUUGUGAGUGUUCAACAAUAAUGAGGGUGUGUUAUUUAUUUUUGAAAUGUUCUGGGAUGUGCAAGCUCCAUGUAAAAGGUGCCUGUUCAUUUUCAUAAUCAAUAAUAAAAGCAAAGAUUAACUUUUAUUCAACCUUG